AUGAGUACCUCCGCAUCGCAGCAGCAAUCUUCGCGGCCCAAGCUCAAAGACGCUUGCCAGCGUUGUGCGGCUAGCAAGGUCAAGUGCGACCACGCUCGGCCCACAUGUGCACGCUGUGCCAAACGCAAUUUGCCAUGCGAGUACCGACGCUCAAGACGCAUGGGGAGAGUGCCAGCAGGUUCGAUGGAAGAGCAAGAUCCAAAGUCCAUGCCCAGUUCGGACCUUGUACAACGGCAGCAAUUUUCGACUUCUGGCGCAGAUUCCUUGGAUGCACUCAACCAGAAUAUGGACUGGUGCAUCGAUAAUUACGACACCAGUGACUGGUUCAGCGAUGAUCUUUUCACAGCAGGUGGUGCAAACAACACAGAUUGGGAGGCCAUUUUGAAGUCGUUAAAUGCCGAGACUUUGAUGCCACCCACAUCCGGAGCACCUGUUGCCCCGAUGAUGGGUUCUGAUUCCAUUCCACCUCCACCACCAAGCUCUCAAUCGGGUUCUGAAUCUGCUCGGUCACGAAAGAUCUCAACUCUCUCUUCCAACAGCUCGUCCGCAGGCACUGCUUCUUCUGGCGAUGAUUCUUAUCUGUUCUCCGACUGGUCUGUCGGCACCGAUAUGACAGAUCCAAACGACUUCAAAUUCGACGACAUGCCACUUCUUACUGCCCCUUCGCCGCCACUCACAUGCUCCGAGAACGGCGACAACAGCGAUUGUCUUUCAACAGCGCUUCGAUUCAUCAUCCAUCUCUCACCCAGUGGAUCAAAUGCAUGCGCCCUGAGCUCAACAAACGCACCAGAUGGAAAGAGCGUAUAUGCUGCACCGACGCCCGAAGGAGUCCUUGAGGAGAACAAAAACAUUCUCGAAUCCCUGCAAACAAUUCUUGGCUGCUCAUGUACUCAGGAGAAUGAGUCGCUCCUCGCACUGAUUGCUCUCGCCAUCCUGAAGCUCCUCACAUGGUACUCCCGCGUAGCCAAAGGCGACAUGGCACCAGGCCAAGAUGCAAUGCAAAGCAACUGCGAGGCUGCACAAGCAGUACUGAGCGAGUUGCAUGCGGUGCGGAGACUCAUUCACAGCUGGAAUUUGCGCUGCUCCACAUUCAUCGAGAAUAGUGUGCCAGAUGGUUCCAGGCAUAAUUCCACUGGGAGUCUAGUGAGCUCCGCCGCCGGCUUGACAGGACAAAUGGGUACGCUUUCAGGAGGUUCGGCAUCGCUGUUGGGACAUUCUCUGUCCAAGUUGCAGCUAGAUUUGGACACGGGAUUGAGGAAGGUGUCGGGAGAAGCCAUUGAGAUCCUGAGAGGGUGGUAA